AUGGCCGCCUACGCAAGUCAAACGGUGCCUCAGCUCAGAGAGCUGCUCAAGCAGAGAGGCCUGCCGACCAACGGGGUCAAGGCAGACCUGAUUGCGCGCCUGGAGGAGUCCGACAAGAUCGAGGCCCAGCUCGACGCGGGAGACGAUUCUGGCACAGGAAAGGACGAGUCGGCGCCAGAACAGGAGCCGCAGCCGGCAGAAACAAAGCCGGAGGAGCCAAAGCAGGAGGCUGUCGUUGAGAAUGCGGCUGCAGACGCCGAAAGGCCGCCACAGACGGCCACGGCCACAGACUCUAAGGAAACGCCAGACACCGCCAAGGAGGAGAAGAAGAACCUCAAUCCAGAGGAACUGAAGCAGGCAGCAAUUGAGCUGCUGAACAAGAAGAUUGCCCGGGCAAGAAAGUUCGGCAACGAGGAGGACAUUGCACCGCUGGAGGCCAGUCUCAAGCGGAUCCACAAGUUCGGCAUCUCUCUGGACUCGGCGCUCGCCAGAGACCUAGGAUUCAGACAGGAGAAGCCCCGCCAGCCGCAGGGGCUCAAGAACGGCAAGAAGAAGUGGCGCAAGUGA